AUGGCGACUGCGACUAAAAUCAUCCAGAAACUGAGAAAUCUGUUGUCUGGGCAAAAUCUACAAGGAAAACUUCAGCUCCGAUAUGAAGAGAUAGCCAAACGGACGCAGCCUCCCCCUAAACUACCCGUUGGUCCGAGUCACAAGUUUUCGGACAACUACUAUUUCACCAGAGACGGACGCCGGGAAUCUGUGCCUCCCACGAUCGUCAUGUCAACACAGAAGGCCCUUUCUCCUGGCAGUCAAGCUGAAGUCCCUGCAAAGCUCCCAGUGACUCCGGGCCAAGUGUACGUGCCGCCGCCUCUGUCCACAGACCAGCCGUACCUCUGA